AUGAAAGGCAUUAAAAGAUUUUCUAGACCAACAUCUACCUCAUCAAAGAAGACAUUAAAAAAAAAUGAGAAAAAAGCGUUUAAUGCACUAACCUUGGUACCUAGAUUGAUGCACGUAACAGAAGGAAGCCCUUGGUGCUCAGAAGAAAUUCAAAAUAUCGAGAAUUCAUUCUGA